AUGGACCAAGGACGGCAAAAAAGCAAAAUUCCAUGGUCCAGAAGCCUGUUGGUGGUAAUCCAGCAUCAGAAAACCAAACAUAUCACCAUCGCCCUCAUUCAGACUCGACCAGAUGCCGAUCAUGAAACCAAGACUGCAGAAGAGGAGGCUGGCAAACCGGGCAAAUUGGGUUCUACCCUCAACCACCAAAAGCAGGAAAACGAGGAGAGACAACAGGAACAGAAGGAAGAAGAACAGCAGAAGAACGAAAAUGAGGCACAAUCCAUUUUUGCCCACGCCAAGCAGUCCAUUGCCUAUCCAGCAGCAAAGACAAAGAAAAAUCAAGCAGUUGUGAUUACAGCUCGUAAAGUCGCCACUGAAAGUGCCAUGCUAGCAGCAGAAAAACGAAAAAUCGCGUAUCCCAAACAAUGUACACGAGUUGGUCAGACAGAAGUUCGACCAGCUGGAGCCACCAAUGAGCAGCAGUUAGUCCACAACAAAACUCAAACGAUGGCCAAUACUGCCAAAGCUGCUGAGACUAGUGCCCUAUUGGCACAUGAAAAGGGACACAUUGUAUAUCCAAGAAGUGGGCCAUCUGAAAAGAAAAGAGCCACCAAAAAUCAAGGCCACAGGCCUGGCAUUGCGGUACCUGUACAGGGGCAUACUGCUACCACAGAAGGGGGCAAUUCUCCAUCAGCUGGUGACACCAUCGAACAGCAGCAGCACCACCUUUUGAGCACUGUCGAGAUCAACAGAAUUGGACUCAACGACAUGAAUGCAGUUCGGGUCCAUACGGUACAAAAUGAUGUGCAUUUGCCUCGAAUGGAACGGAGUAUUGCCAACAGAAGGCCCCAAUUACAACCAGGAGCCCACCCAAGUGGAGGAAAUUUUCAAGCAGUAGAGGAAAACCUGGAAACAGCAGUGAUGCACAUUGAACUAGCAACUACUCAGCCACCAACGUUCAAUCCAGUUGAUUCCUAUAGUAACUUGGCUGUGGCAAACUUGGUUGAAGAUGAGACAACCUCUCAGGAUCCGCCCCAUGCUCAAGAUUGCAAUCUGGAAAAUGAAAACAGAGGCAGAGGAGAAAGGAUGAAACAAUUCAAAAUCAAAGUCAUCUUGGGAGUCAUUGUCUUGUUGGCCAUCCUUAUCAUUUUGGUAGCCAUCCUGAUUCCUCGAAGUCAAGGAUAA